AUGCAAUCGCGGUAUCGACUGUCCAUUUUCCCACUCUCCACCAACGUCGCGAUGAAGAUUGCAGUGAUCGGCGGCGGCAUCUCGGGGCUCUCGGCGGCGUACUUGCUCAGCCGACACCCGGACAACGAUGUGACAAUCAUUGAGUCUGAGAAGGCCUUGGGCAUGGGAGUGCACACGCUGAAGGUCGGCGACCACCACGUCGACUGCCCGCCCCGAUCGUUCUGUGCUGCGCACUACGUGAACCUGGCCGCAAUGUACGAAGAAGCGGGCGUGGAAGUUGUGCCGUACCCAGGGGAUAUGUCGUUCUCGAACUUUGGUGAGGCUGCAUUCUACUGCCACGCGAUGGGCUGGCGCAUCGGUGGUCUCCGUCUUCCGUCGCCUUGGCACCUUGCCGCCAUCUUGCGCAAGUUUUCAUUCCGCGCAAUCUAUGACCACGUCCAGUUCUUCUUGUCGUCCAUGGACGGCAUUCCGCCCACGACAACGCUCGGCGAAUACGUGACCACCCACCAGUUCACCCCCGAGUACCUGUACGGCAUCCUGUUGCCCAUGAUGACGAUGAUCUUGACGUGCUCGAACGAAGCAUGCUUGAACUACCCCGUAGGUCUUCUCAAAACGUACUUGUCCAAGUCGAACGCAGUCAACCAAGUCGUGACCAAGCACGGCUCGACGGUCGCAGCGUCGCAGCUCGCACGCCAUUGCAAAAAGGUCCUCGUGGACACCCGCGUCACUGGCGUGUGGCAAGCAACAGCGGACCGCAAAGCGCGCAUCGCAUACGUGACUGGGAUCGAAGGCCCAGAAAACGUCGAGGAAUUCGAUCACAUCGUGGUGUCGUCGCAAGCGUGCAGUGCCUUGUCCUUUGUCAAGGAUGCAGACAAAGAAAUGCUCGAGCUGCUGGCCGCCGUGCCCCAUGAGACUGCCCAGGUCGUGAUCCAUCGCGACCCAGUCCUCAUGCCUCGCGAUCGCCGCGACUGGUCGUUCUACAACUUCAUCACGGCCAAGCCCGGACAGAAACUCAAACCUGGCAUCGUCGAGAACAUGGUGACACUGUGGGUUGCCAAGUUCCAUUCCAAGGAGGAAGAUGCCGAGUCGCUGUUUCAAACAUGGAACCCGCUCGUGGACCCCCGUGAUGAUCUGGUCCUUCACCGAGCGGAGUUCCUUCGCCCACUCUUCACCAAGACAUCCCAUGAGCUCGUGAAGAAGAUUCGCGCUCGCCAAGGACGUGGCAACCUGUGGUUCUCGAGCACGUACUGCGUGUACGCCGUCCCGCUGCAGGAGAGUGGCACGGAAGCCGCUGUCGAAGUGGCCAGCAUGAUGGGGUUUCCAGUCGACUGGGCGUCCAAGCAAGAAAAGGACGGACAACAGGUCGCGCCGUCGGCGUCGUCGUGGAGGACCUCGUCGUGGAUGAUCGGCGUGCCGUUGGUCCUGUCGGCGGCGCUCAUCGUCCUGCCGCGUAUGAACACGCUCGCAAAGACGCUGUAG